AUAUUCUUUUAGAACAACCAAUAAUUUAAACAUUUACAUGGACAUCCAAGUCAGAUACUAAAAUGAAUUAACCACCUAUUAUGGUGUACAAUCAUACGAUGAUUUGUUACAAGAGAUCGAAAAAAAGUAUCCCUUUCUAAGAAAUAUUGAUUUGUCAUAUUAAGAUGAAGAGGGCGAUACGAUUUAGGUCUCAAAUACAAGUGACAUCCUGGCAAUAGUAAGCAUUGAUUUAUUAUCACUAGAUUGAUUUUACUAAAGUAAUAAUUUAGAUGGAGGCUCAAAUAAACUAAAUUAAAGUCCAAGAAUAUGAGAAAGCUAAGAAAGUGGAAGAAUUGAAAUAGAAGCGACUUGAAGAAUAGAGAAGGAAAAAGCAGGAGGUAAUAUCAUACACAAUUAAUCAUUUAGGAAUUACAAAAAGAAAUGAAUAAACUUUAAGAAGCUAGCUAAGAGAAACUCCAAAUAGAGCAAUAAUUUAUAGAGCAAGCUGUGGACUUGAAUAAUCUCUUAUUACAACUGAAUCAAUUCAAAACUCAACCCUUGCCGGAGUUUAAAAAAGUGUUUUAUGACUCUGAUGUUUUCGAUUAAAUCAGAGAAAAAGAAUAAGAAUUAUUGGUGUUGGAGGUAUUGACUUUGAAUCAUACAUUUUGUAGGAUAAAAAAGGGUUUGACACCAAAUUAAAAGCAAUCCAGAAGGAUAUAUAGGAGACAUUUGAAAAAUUGUUCGCAAGAAGGACUGUGUAACAUUAGGAGAACUAUUAGAAAUGGUUGGAAAAUAAACACAAAAUUCACAUUGUUAAUUAAUAGAUUGCGUCAUUGGAAAACGAGAAAUAGGGAAAACUUUAAAAAUAGGAUGAUAAAUUGAAGAAACUUCAAGAAAGUGUGGCCAAGAUGAAAGCAGAAUUAAAUAUACCCUAGUAGAAUGAUGAUUAAUUUUGA